AUGUACAACACGCCGCGCGUAGUCGGCGCCCUGCGGUUACUCGCCAACAGCUUCACCCCAACGGAACUGAACGAGAAAGGGCAUGCACUUUACCUCGAGUUCCGACCGGACGCACAGUGGGGCAAGAAUGGUAGGGUGGAUUAUGACACCAUCUUGGGUCUGAGGAAGGCUGAGGCUCAUCGAGAACACCCCCUCGAGGAUGUUAAACCUCCUAUUCAACAGGAGGCGCUCCCAGGUCCAGCAGACGGGCAAGACAAUGGACCAGAGCACAAGAGGGCGCGUGGUAUGACACUCGAAGAAUAUGAGGAAAUCCUGGACGCGGACGACACGUUCAAUGGUGUUGACCCGGACGCCCUGGCCGCUCCGCAUUAA